UUGGUCUACGUGUUGAUCGCCGUGGCGGCGAUCGCUUUGAUACUGCUAUUGUUCCGCACCGGCGACGGUUCGGAGACCAUCCCAUUCAACCGCGUCGUCGAGAUGGCUCGCGACAACACCGGACCGGCACUGAGCAUCGAAGUUAACGGCGAUACCGUCAAGAUCGACAACGGCUCGCAGGUCUUUUCGUCCCGCAAAGAGACGUCUACUAGCGUCUUCGAAGCACUUUCGGACGCCGGAGCCGAUCUCAACAACUAUCGUCUCGACGUCCGCGGCCAGAGCGGCCUCGCAACCCUUUUGCAGGCGCUUAUCGGCUUCCUCCCACUCAUCCUCUUCGCCGGACUCCUGAUCUUCAUGCUGCGACAGGCCCAGGCCGGCAACAGCCAGACGAUGAACUUUGGUCGCACCCGCGCCCGGAUGUUCGUCGGCGCCAAGGCCACCGUCACCUUCUUCGACGUCGCUGGCGUGCCCGAAGCAAAGGAAGAGCUCGAAGAGGUUGUUGAGUUCCUCAAGUUCCCCGAACGCUUCCAAGCCCUCGGCGCUCGUAUUCCGAGCGGCGUCCUGCUCAUCGGCCCACCCGGCACCGGCAAGACGCUUCUCGCCCGCGCCGUCGCUGGCGAAGCCGGGGUGCCCUUCUUCUCGAUCUCCGGUUCCGAGUUCGUAGAGAUGUUCGUCGGCGUUGGCGCCUCCCGCGUGCGCGACCUCUUCCAGCAGGCGAAGCGGCACGCGCCCUGCAUCAUCUUCGUCGACGAGAUCGACGCCGUAGGCAGGCACCGUGGAGCCGGUCUCGGCGGCGGUCACGACGAACGCGAGCAGACGCUCAACCAGAUCCUCGUCGAGAUGGACGGAUUCGAAACCCACUCUUCGGUCAUCGUCAUCGCCGCAACCAACCGGCCCGACAUCCUUGACCCGGCGCUGCUCCGGCCCGGCCGUUUCGACCGCCGCGUCACCCUGGACAAGCCCGAUAUCCGCGGGCGCACCGCCAUUCUCGAUGUCCACGCCAAGGGCAAACCUUUCGAUAAGGGCGUUGAGAUGCAAACCGUCGCCAAGCAGACGCCCGGCUUCUCCGGUGCCGAUCUCGCCAACCUGAUCAACGAAUCUGCGCUCCUCGCCGCCCGGAAAAACAAGAAGUCGAUCGGCCUCGAUGAACUCUUGGAAUCGAUCGACCGCGUCUCCAUCGGUCCGGCACGCAAGAGCAAGGUCAUCACCGAAGACGAACGUCAGUUGACUGCAUUCCAUGAGGCCGGACACGCCGUAGUGCCUUACUUCAUGCCGGAAGGCGACCGCGUCGGUAAGAUAUCGAUCAUUGCCCGCGGCCACGCCGGCGGCUUCACGCGUUGGGAGCAGGAAGACAAGUCCUACCUCACGAAGCCGUACCUGCUGUCGCGCAUCGCCGGUGCCAUGGGCGGACGCGCCGCCGAAGAACUGAAACUCGGCAAGAUAACCACUGGAGCUUCAAACGACUUUGAACAGGCGACCCGUAUCGCCCGCGAAAUGAUCAUGCGCUACGGCAUGAGCGACGAACUCACUUACCGCUCCUUCGGCAAGCGCCAAGAAGCUAUCUUCCUCGGCCGCGAGAUUUCGGAGGAGCGCGACUACAGCUUGAAGACAGAAGCGAUUAUCGACCGUGAGAUCGAUCGUUUGCUGCGCGAAGGCGUGCAAACCGCAAAGGACCUUCUCACCGAGCACGACGACAAGUUGGUAGCCGUUUCCAAUUAUCUCCUCGAAAACGAGACCAUCGACGCUGAUCAGUUCGAAGCCAUCAUGGAAGGCCGCGAUCCGAGCGAGUUCCGCAGUGAAUCUUCCGGUGUUGAAGGCGGUGGUCCGGGUUCGGAAAACCAAGUUGCCGAAGACGUCGAAACCGUCGGUCAGGCCGAAGGCUCCUCCGCCAUCGAUCCGUCGCCCGCGGCGUAA